AUGCUAGAGAAUGCAGUCCAGGCGGUCUUAAGCCUCACCUCCUUCUGGGGGCUGGUCCUCAACCUCAUCUGUGUGGUGACCACAAGCUAUGUAAUCUAUCAAGCGUGGUUUCAUCCAUUAGCUGCUUAUCCCGGGCCAUUCUUUGCCAAAUUGACCGACCUGUACUCAGUGGUACACGCACUGCGUGGCGACCGCCACGAGGACCUCUACCAGCUUCACCAACGCUACGGUCGCAUCGUACGAAUCGGCCCCAACCGCGUGACAAUCCUAGAUGCUGAAGCUCUAGAGCCAAUCUACGGCCACCAAGCCAACGUCAAGAAAUCACAAUGGUACCACAGUUUCUACAGCGUCAGUAUCUUCAACGCGAUUGAUCGUGACGAACAUGCCCGCAAGCGUCGCGUCAUGUCACAGGCCUUCUCAACUGAAGCUGUAAGAGGAAUGGAGCCGCAUAUUCUAUCUGCCAUUCGCGACUGGUGUCUGGCCCUCGGCGAUAAGUACCCUAGCCAAGAUAUCAAGCAGAAAGAUGGCUGGUCGCGACCUAAGAAUAUGGUGCACUGGAGCGCUUGUCUCAUCUUCGACGCUCUAGGCGAGAUCUGCUUUGGAAAGACUUUCAAUACUUCAAUUAGUGAUGAGAACACUUUCUUUUUCCCGCUUAUGGCACUGAGUGUGCGUAUCAUGAAUAUCUGUGGUCAAAUGCCGAUACUGCGUCGCUUUGGCUUUGAAAAGUACAUGCGUUACGGCACUGCUGCAAAUCGUGAUCGACAGAUUGCCUUCUCGAGGAAACAGCUUGCAGCGCGAUUGGCUGCCAAUCCUACACAACGCCGUGAUAUUGUGUAUUAUCUACAGCUUGCGCGAGAUCCUGAUACAGGGAAAGGGUAUUCAGUACAGGAGUUGAUCAGCGAGGUUACGUUGUUGUUGGGUGCUGGAGCGGAUACUGCCAAUACUGCACUGGCGGGAACUUGGUAUUUCCUCGGCCAGCAUGACAGCAUUCGCAAUCGCCUUACAUCUCUGAUCCGAUCAACCUUCCCCACUCUGGAAUCCAUCGUCUCGGGCCCCGUGCUGUCCAGUGGCAAGAUGGGAUAUUUGCGCGCUAUCAUCGAGGAAAGCAUGCGGCUUUGUCCCCCAAUUCCCAUGGAUCUGCCGCGUGAGGUUCUGCCGGGAGGUCUACGGGUCCUGAACUGGGAGCUUCCUGCUGGGACGGUAGUGGGCGUGCCCACGUACGCGCUGCACCACUCGCCUGAUCACUUUGACCGACCGCUCGACUAUGAUCCCAGCCGCUGGCUAGUACGUGGGAGUGAUGCAGCCGUGGGCACGGAAGGCGUGUCGGCUGAUGUGAUGGCCCGCCAGCGCGCUGCUUUUGUGCCGUUCAGUAUUGGCCCACGGUCGUGCAUUGGCCGUGGUGUGGCCAUGGCUGAGUUGGAGAUUGGUGUGGCCCGGGCCCUAUGGCUUUAUGAUGUGCGACUAUCUCCCGGGAGUGAGGGUCUUGGUGUGGGAAAGAAUGGCGAGUAUAAGAUGAAGGAUAAUUUCAUUGUAGGGAAAGAGGGCCCAGUGAUGGAGUUCCGAACACGGCGAGAGAUAUAA